CGGAGAAGAACUUUCGAGCCUUGGUGGUCGUUUCUCGAAAUCAUCUGCCGAGUGAGAAGUUAUACUUCAACGACGGAAAGAACACAUGCGAUUAACGGCACGCAGAAGGUCGUAGGACGUCCGUCCAACAUGCCACAGGCGCAAUCGGUGAUCGAUGAGAUCACCGAGGAGAGCAAGCACUACAAUCGCAUUUAUAUCGCGUCGAUACACCAAGCCUUAACAGAAGACGACAUCAAGUCAGUCUUCGAGGCAUUCGGGCCGAUCACGUACUGCAAGCUCGCACAAGGUAGCUCGCCGCAUCGACACAAAGGAUACGGCUUUAUCGAGUACGAGACAAUGCAAGCUGCGCUAGAGGCUAUCGCCUCUAUGAACUUGUUCGAUCUGGGUGGCCAGUAUUUGAGAGUAGGAAGAGCCAUAACGCCGCCGAACGCGCUCAUGGGACCACCCAGCGGUACCAGCACGAUGCCGACCGCGGCCGCUGUGGCCGCAGCAGCCGCGACGGCCAAGAUUCAAGCGAUGGACGCGGUUGCUAGUAACGCAGUUGCGUUAGGUCUCACUAAACUCGGGGCUGCCGCACCACCCAUCCUGAAUCAGACGCUUCCUGGCGUAGUGCGGCCCACUAUAGCUCCCACGCCAAUAAUGGCACCACCAACAGUAGCAACGGUAGCGCCAGUGAUACCUCCACCUGGCAUAGCCAUACCGCAAACCUUAACGCGACCGCCCGCUAUUAUCCAACCGAUUCCUGGUCAACCCGUUGUUAUACCACCUCCUGCUGUUGUUGCGCCUACGAUUGUUGGCACGCCAGUCAUACCAGUGACAACAACUGCGAAUUCCGACAUUAUGAGGCGAGCGCAGGAACAAGCGGCUCAUCAGAAACAACAGGAAGAAUUGCAGAAGAAACUCUUAGAGGAGACGGAACCACAGACGUUGCAGCAACAGGAGAAUAUGUCAAUCAAGGGCCAGAGUGCGCGUCAUCUCGUCAUGCAUCUCUCCUGCAAAGAAAACAGAAUGAUUAUCCAAUUUAAAGAAACAGCGAUUAAUUUUGUAACUCUUGAUGUCGUCCAGACAUAA